ACAGGCGUUUUGGGGAAGAUAAGAUAACAGAAGGAGGCUGGCGUGCAAAAACACAUGGCAUUGCAGUGUUGGACAUCUCGUGCCUUGUUUUUAACCUUUACACGGCCCAAAAACCAUGGAAGAAUACACAAUGUUAUCAGAAUUCCAAGAAAACCACCAAAAUUCACUUGCCUGGUGAACAUUGGCCUUGACGAUAUUGCUCAAGUCGCCCAUAACAAGGUGUUUUUCCUAUUACUCAUUUGCUGGGUGCUCAACUUUUUUAAUUUUUCAUCUUUGCUAAUGCUGUCGAAGGUACUGGUGGCCGCCGCUGUGGCAGCGGCAAUUGGGCAGCUCUCAAAGCCAUUCACUUCUGUCAUUCUCUACGGCAAAGAUUUCAAUUUCAGGACUGCUUUCCAGGCUGGGGGCUUCCCUUCUACCCAUUCCUCCUCUGUCGUGGCUACCGCAACUUCUCUUGCUCUUGAAAGGGGUUUCUCUGAUUCGAUUUUCGGCCUCUCCUUGGUCUAUGCUGGCCUUGUCAUGUAUGAUGCUCAGGGGGUGCGCAGAGAAGUAGGAAAUCAUGCAAAAGCUCUAAAUACAGUGUUACCCAAGAGACAGGUUACCUCAGUUGUCUCCAAAAAUAGAGAUGAUUUGAUUGUUUCUCGAGACGAAAGCACAGCCACCUUAAAUGUUGAGAGACUUGGUUCUCUCGUAAUUACAUCAAACGAAGAAGUAAGUCAAACUAAUGAGGCAGUGGCAUCUUCUGAGUUAGCAGCAGAUGAUGAAGGUUCAGAAAGUAAUGCCUGUAACCCAUUAAUCCCAUUAAAAGAAUCAAUUGGACACACAGAAGUUGAAGUUGUAGCAGGGGCAUUGUUAGGUUUCCUUGUAAGCUUGGCAGUGUAUUCGAUAAUGUGAUCUUUUAUUAUGUAUUGAACCUUAUUUUUUAUUCUUUUAA